GCUGGAGCUGUACUGUCUACUUCUCAGCUAGACACAUUAAAUCGGAUUAGAUCUCCCUAGGCAACGUGCUCGCCAUAUUCCAUCACCGCCAACAUGCACCCCGUUCUUUUUGCGCCUGUCCUCCUCCUCGGCAGCGUUGUGGCUGCCCAGGGAGAGCUUGACGCCAAGCUGAUCAGGAGGGACGCCCAGUUCAUCAACGGACAGCCCAUCAGCGCCGAUGGCCGAGGCGCCCCGAUCGUCGGCGGGACCAACCGAGCGCUCGACGUGCAGAACCCGGACAACCUGGGCCAGCAGCCCACCGACAGCGGCACAGUGCCCAAUCUCAAAUGGAGCUUUUCCGCCUCCAAGACCAAGAUAUUCCCCGGCGGCUGGUCGCGGCAGCAGGUCAUCCAGGACCUGCCGCAGAGCCACGACGUCGCCGCGGCGCAGCAGCACCUGAAGCGGGGUGCCAUUCGGGAACUGCAUUGGCAUCGAGUUGCCGAAUGGGGGUUCAUCUACGCAGGACAGAUCAGAAUAUCUGCAGUGGACGAGUUUGGGAGAUACGAGGACGCCAUCUUGAACUACGGCGACAUUUGGUACUUCCCCAAAGGAGUCGGGCAUACUGUCCAGGGGAUCGCCGAGGACAGCGAGUACCUGUUGGUGUUUGACGACCCGGACUUUGACAAGGUUGGAACCACCUUCAACGUCGACGACUGGCUGGCCAAGACGCCGCGCAGGAUUCUGGCGCGCAACUUUGGCGUCGACGAGUCUGUCUUCGCCAGCCUGCCGGCCACGAACCCCAACAUCCAGAACGGCACCGUCAGCACCCGCAAUGUGACGGCGGCAGCAGGGAAGCUGCAGGGUGACGCGUCGUUUGCGUAUCGCACGCUACAGCACAAGGCCGAGGCCGUGCCGGGCGGCGGUGGCGAGCUCCGCAAGAUCGACUCGACCAACUUCCCAGCCAGCAAGACCAUCGCGGCCACCCUGGUGACGCUCAAGCCCAAGGGCUUGAGGGAGCUCCACUGGCACCCGAAUGCGGAGGAAUGGCUCUAUUUCCACAAAGGGACAGGCCGCGCCACCGUCUUUAUCGGGAACGCAAACUCGCGCACGUUCGACUUCCAGCCGGGCGACACGGCUGCCUUUCCAGACAAUUCCGGACACUACAUCGAGAACACAUCCGACACGGAGGACCUGGUGUGGAUCGAGAUUUACAAGUCGGACCGGGUGGCCGACAUUCCGCUGACGCAGUGGCUCGCGCUGACGCCGCCCGACAUUGUGGCGCAGGUCCUGAGGGUUCCCGUCAGUUUCGUCGAGAAGCUCAAAAAGGAAAAGCAGGUCCUGGUGUAGUGAAGGUGUCGUUCCUCGGGGACAGGGCUAGCUGCUCCUUUUCUGUAAGCCACCAAUGGCGACAAUGUUACUGAUACAACUCCUUUAUGUUUGCGGAACUUAAAUCACCCCGCUAAAGCGGCGAAAGGAGGAAAUCAGGCCCGCAAUACAAAACACACGACACCGAGAAUUGGUUCGGUAUUUUCUUGUUUCGAGCUACGGGGGUUUUAAGAGAAGAUUGGAGAAGGUCCGCCUCCGAAAGCUGACGCCUCUACUCGAAUCUACUUGGGCCCAGCCAACCGUAACGGGAGAAAGGUGGGCAACGGGGACCUACGAGAAUGAACUCGGGCCGCCACGCGGAGGCGUUGAGAUAAACUGUUGCGACUUUAUAAAUUCGAACUAGAACCCAUCCAGGGAUGCGCGGUGGGCUCGCUCGCCGCAGCUUUAGUCUCCAUCAUACCAUCCGUUCCUACUUCC